AUGUCCGGCCACACACGUAAUAAGCCCUCGCAGUCUUGGGCGGACGACAACGAUGAUGAGGACGAGACGGAGUUCCAAGCGAAGAUGGCCAUUCCAGCCCCAGCCCCAGCCAGCAGGGGCGCACAAUCCGGCGGGAACGACGGUGAGCUUUACCUUCAUACACUCCUGCGAACUCGUGGGACGAGCGGCAAUAACGGUGGCGGUGGUGGGGCGGACGACGGAUGGGGCGCGCCUCCGAGCGGCGGAGGUGGGGGUGGGGGUGGUGACUCCGGAUGGGGAGCGCCCCUUGGAUCUGGCGAAGCCCAGUCCGAGUAUGGAGGCGGUGGUGGCUACGGCGACUAUGGUGGAGGUGGAGGCGGAGGCGGAGGUCGGCGAGGGCGUAACGAGGACUACCAGGCAGCUCUGGCUGAGGAAGUCGAGGACGCUGGGUUGACUUUCAACGAUUUCACCGUUGAGGUCAAAUUGGCAGACAUGCAGGAGAACCCGGACUCACCCCUUUACUCUAUCAAAACCUUCGAGGAGCUCAACCUCCACCCUGAUCUCCAGAAGGGUAUCUACGGUGUCGGCUUCAAGAAGCCCUCCAAGAUCCAAGAGCGCGCUCUUCCUCUGUUACUGAACAACCCUCCCCGCAACCUUAUCGGCCAGAGUCAGUCUGGUACCGGAAAGACUGCCGCCUUCGCCCUCAAUAUGCUCUCCCGUAUCAGCCAGGACAUCCAGACUCCCCAGGCCAUCUGCCUGGCUCCAUCCCGAGAGCUGGCGCGGCAGAUCCAAAAGGUCGUCGACGACCUCUGCAAGUUCACCGACGCCAAAACCUUCCUCGCCGUUCCCCGAAGCUGGCGCCGAGGACAUGCAAUCACCGCCCAAAUCCUCAUCGGUACUCCCGGUUCCAUCCUUGACAUGCUCAGUCGGGGCGUCGAGAUCUUCGACCCGGAGAUGAUCCGCAUGCUCGUGCUCGACGAAGCGGAUGAGAUGAUUGCGAUGCAGGGGCUCGGUGACCAGACUACCCGGAUCAAGCGAUUCCUUCCGCCCGGAACCCAGAACGUCCUGUUUUCGGCUACCUUCACCGAUGAAGUCCGAGAAUUCGCCCAGGAGUUCGCGCCGGAAGCCAACCAGAUCUUCUUGCAGAAGGAGGAAGUUACGGUGGGCUCGAUCACCCAGCUUUACAUUCUCUGCGAUGGCGAGGAGGCCAAGUACGAGGCGCUCAGCAACCUGUACGACGUCAUGAGUAUCGGUCAGAGUAUCGUCUUCUGCAAGAAACGUGACACCGCCGACGAGAUUGCUGAGCGGCUCACCGCGGACGGUCACGCCGUCGCCUCGCUGCACGGUGAAAAGGCGUCGGACGAUCGAGACCGCAUCCUCGACGGCUUCCGUGAUGGCAAGACCAAGGUCCUCAUUACGACCAACGUCGUAGCACGCGGUAUCGACAUUCAGCAGGUCAACAUGGUCGUCAACUAUGAUGUCCCCAACCUCGGUCCCGAGGGCGGGUUCCAGCCGGAUGUCGAGACCUACAUCCACCGGAUUGGGCGGACUGGUCGAUUCGGACGCAAGGGCUGCGCCGUCACCUUCGCGCACGACGGUCGGAGCAAGGGCGAGAUCGACACCAUCAUGGAGUCGACUGGUCGACCCAUGAAGCGGAUCGACGCGACCCGGACGACCGACAUUGAGCACCUCGAGAAGGCUCUCAAGGCGGCCAUGCGCGGCCCGGCGUAA